CCCCCUUCAUUAAUUCCUUUAUUCUUUCUUUUCCUCUUCCUUGCCUUCUUUCCCAUAUUUCCUUAUACAGUUUUGAAGCACACACACACACACACACACACACACACACACACACACACACUGCCAUCAGCUGUUCCCCUUAUUACUCGUAUCCGUUUCCGUGGCGACACAAUCUCCGGAGACGCGUGAUGGCUCGCCAGCCAGUGUCCUUCCACAAGUUACAGAGGGAACUUCGAGGGUUUACAUGGUGGCGAUGGUGGUGUCAUAUUCCACAUCAUAGCGCUUGGGCAGUGUGAAGGUGGUGGCGGCUUCAGCGGUGCUAUCUAUGGUGGCUCAGUCCUGUGAUGUAUUGUGAUGUCUGUGGUGUUUAGUGGCUAUGAAUGACGUGUUCAUGGUAUAGUGUUAGUGUAGUGGUGGCGGCGCUAGCGUCUGGUGAGGGAGGUGGUGGAUGUGGUGGUAGUGACAAAGAGGCCAUGAGGACCGCAGGUAUAAGGUCUGUUCCCCAGCCCGCCCCCCGCCCUACACUCUUUCCUGAUGCCCCCGAUACCCCGCAGCCUCCCCAGCCCCCAAAGCCCCUUCCCAGAACAAAGUUCCUGCAGAAGAGCGUGUCGGAGUCCCCUGCCCCAGUCACGUUGCGGAGCCCGCCAGCCCCGCCCGUCCAGUCCAAAUGCAUUUCCACCAAGACUCCCACCCCGCCUCCUAAGCCGCCCCGCACUCCAAGUCUUCGGAACAGUCCCAACAAGGACAGCACGCAGCCUCGGCGCCCCGGUCUAAUGGAGGUACUGUCCCGCACCAACACCGCCUCGCCUAUCUCGCCUGCCUCAAUAACUCAACGACAGCCUACAAGUACGUUGAAGCCUGUCCGGCCAGCUCCCCAGGGUAGGGCCGCUGAUUUUACGGCUGUAUCAGCGCGACGUAACCAGCGCCCUUCUUUGCAACCCCUCUCCCUCCCUUCACCUCCCAGCGGCAUCCCAGCCAGGAUUCCUUCAAGCAGCGCUGGGCCGCGCGUUCCUACCCGUCCCUCCCCCGGUCAGCUGGCAGCCUCGAGGACCUUAGCCCGUGCGUCUGAUCUUCGCAGCGCCCCGCCCCUCACAGUGGGGCUACAAACGAACAGGAGUUUACAGAGUCCUGUGUGCACCAUAGAAGACUUCGAGGAUAGCUGUAAGGAAGUGUUCCGCAACACAAAAAAGGCAAAGGAACUGUCAGCCCGUGGGAAGCACAUUCAGGCUACAAGUCACUUCCAGAAGGCGCUGACAGCAUUAGACCGUGUGUUACGGGCUCAGGUGCUCUCCCUCUCCCAGCAUGAACCCACCAGGCAGCGGCUCUUCCUUCUGCAACAGGAAGUUUUCAGCCUUAGGAAGGAGACACUUAAUGGCUUCACUGAUGCCCAGACUGCUGUGCGGACACCUCCAGGUCUUGCUCCAACUCCUGCUACACCUGGAGCUCCACCUUCAUAUGAUGAUGUCUUGAAGGAGGACAGUCGCCGCCUGCAAGAUAAUUGCCCACAUCCACCCAGAGAAAUAUCCACACAGGGCACAGUGUCCUCCCCCAACCAUCCAACACCUACUGGCCAAGGCUUUCAUCCAUGUACUCACCCAGUGCCCACACAGUCUCCAGCCAACCAUACACCAUCUGCCUGUGUUCGAUCCCACAGCAGUGGAGACCCAGGGGUUCAGGAACUCGUGGAUAUGAGAGGAGCUAGAUCAGGAGAACCUACAACAGCUCCACCUUCCACUCAUCAAUGCUCUCCUUUCAAGUCCACACUUAAAUCAACUAAAAGACCCAAAUCUUCCUACCAUCCUUUGAGUCAACCAAAUUCACUUUUGCUUCCUUCACCUGCAGUCAGUUCUCCUGCUUCUCUUCCUCCUCCCCUCCUCCCAGUCUCCCAUUCUCUCGCUUCUCUUCCCACCCAACAGUCAGGAGCCACAUCCUUGGAAACUCAGCCUCAUCCUAGCCUUAGACCCAUCUCAGUGGGUGAUGAGGCAGUGCUGAGUCAAAUGAAGGUGCUUGAUAAGUAUAAGAGUGACAGGAGUCCAGAUGCAUUGGCUGACACAUCUCUCUCAUGUGUUCAAAAGGGGCCACUCCCACCAAUCCCACUAAACAAAGACAACAUGCAGGAAUGGAAGAGGAAGGAAGAGAUAACUAGUAAUGAUAGUGUUCAGGCUUUGUCAAAAAGUAUUGUGAAGACCUCAGGAAGUACUGUGCAGCAGAAGGAUGAAACAAAGAAUAAUCUUGUGCCUUUUAUAUCCCCUAUUAAUGACCCAUUCCUCAGUUUGGAUCCAUUCCCCCCUGUUAAGCCACAGUCUGAAGACAGUAAUGCAUUGUUCACAGAGGAGACACUGGGUGCCCACUCAUUACCUGCAGUUUCAGGUAUGCAUCAAAACCACAGCCAAGCAUCUUCAGAUGUCUUAGCCCCUGAAUCAUCUUGGACUUCAAACCAGAAAGAUUCAUUUAGUUCCAAUGCAACACAGGACUCACUUAAAACUCAGCCUUUGAUGACACAGAACCCUCCUGACAACCUUGGAGACUCCAUCCUUGAGGCCUUGGACUUUGCUGUCACACCAGCAUCAGAUCACAGGAAAGUCUCACCCCAACAUUCACAGGAAAGGAAGACAACUCGCUCUUACUCAGAGGAAAACUUACUUAACUCCUCAUACAACACCUUUGAAAUCAUGCUGCUCUCCACCAAGAAUAGGCAAGCUAGCAGGGCAUCUAUCAUAGAGGAAUUUGAUCCUCUGGUGAUUUCCCAUGCCCCUCAGGACCACACCCAGGAUGAAGAGAAAAUGGAAGAUGAGGUGCAUGAACAGAAGGGAAAGGGUGUAUUGAAAGAGAAAAAGAGAGACACUAAAAGUACUGUACCAACCAAACCAACACCACGAACAACAGUUGAGACCAGUGAUGUGUCCAGUAAAGGCACAGAAGCAACCAAGGAAGAGGGAGAGAGAGACAUUUAUGGUUCUCCUCCAGACUAUUUUGCUGAGGGAGGAGCAGUAGCACUAGAGGAGGAGGCAAGAGUAGAUAUGUACACUAGCAGGAGAUAUACUGGAGCUUAUGACCUUUCUGAUAGAGCAAAGGGAAGAUCAUAUUCCUCCUCAGAAGACACAAGCAGUAUGUACUCAUGGCCCCCAGAUUAUAGUGCCAAGACACCACCUGACCCUGCUUCACCAGUGUAUCCCUGCCUGUACCCUGAAGAAGAGGAGAAUGAGGGAGUGGAGGGGACCAAUGUGGGUGUAGGCCGUUCAGCUUUCUAUAUUCCUCCCACAAUACAGGGUGAGGUCAAAAGGAGGAACUUGCUGAGUAUCCGUGAGGGUGUCAAGAUCUAUUUCAUACACACAGAUGGCAUUGUCACCUCGCCCUGGAAUAAGCCCUUCCUUGCUGUGUCCAGAGACCUAUCCAGAGACAAGUUCUUUAGUACUGGGCUGGUGGUGAGUGUUGGCAACAACCUAUGGACAUGUGAGCUGCAGAGGAAGUCCACUCUGGUGCUGAGGGCACAGACAGGGAGCUACAUCUUUAAUGAGGUGGCGGGGAAACCAGAGUGCAAGGCAGUGGCCAUUAGGGUGCCAUCAGGAGUGCGGCGUGUCCAGCAUGAACUGUUCAGUAAUAUCCUGCAGCAGAACACUCUGCUGGAGGAGGAGCGACCCAAAGGCAUCACCAAAGCCAUCUCCAAGGGUGCCACCUCAGCUGCUACACGCAUGACCAAACUGGUGGAGGACAAAUCAGUAACUCCCAGUCAGACCUUUGUCAGGAGAAACUCAAUCAGGGCUUUGAAGGGAGUCACCAAGCGACUCACAAGCAUUGCUGAAAAGACUGGAGGCACUCUGAAGGAGCUGCCUGAGGAGUACCAAGUUCUACAGGAGGCAGCAGACACACUUGCCUUUGCCCACAGUGCCAAGAUGAUCCAGUAUGUUUGAAGCACCACUUUGCCAACCCCAGGAGUGAAGACUGUGUAACUGUCAUAAUACUAGAAAUCUAGAAGUAGGAAUAAGUUUGCUAUGUUUUGGUUUUGUUUAGUGGUGCAUGGUGCUUGUUGACUGCUAAUUGUUUUUCAUACAUGAAAUGAGUUUCUUAACAAAAUGUCAACCAUGCAUGAGUUAAUGGGUUGCAUGCAGUAAUAGUAUUGCAUUGUGUGUAGACUAGAAUUUGAUGGACAAGUGCUACCCAUUCUAUUCAGGAACAUGUUCAUUAUUGUAUCUUAUCCUCACCUUCCACUAUGUAUAUGUACAUCACAAGGGUUAAAAAAUAAGUGGGAUGUGUUAGGGCACAUCACCCAGUGAUUGACAUGCAUAACUCAUAAACAGAGAAGAAAUGUUGAUCCAUGAGCUUAUUUGAAUACACUGUUGUAUCAUGAAGUUGGACAAUAUAGUUUGCAUCAAGUAAUCACUUUCUAGCACAACUGCAGUCAAAGGCCAGAUUUCCUCACCUUGACUGAAAGAAUAAUAUAAUUAUGAAUUACAGUGGAACCUUGGUUACUGAACGCCUCCCUUUUUUUUUAAUAAAUUGGUUUUCGAACAAAAUUUUGAAAUUGUUAUUGCUUUGUUUGGGGUACCAUAAUUCAAUUCUAAAACAAAGUUAGUUGAUUUCAAAUAUUAAAAGACAUACCAAAAGCUGCUGCUUAUUACUAAUUUAUAGUUUUUAUAAAUAUUUACUUCAUUUUAUAUAUUUGGAGGAGAGACACAGAGUAUAAGACAGUAAUUUAAUCUUUGAAAUAAGGUAAACGUGAUCCUGUUGAAAAGCCUCGAUGUAAACAAACAGUUUUCAACACAAGAGUUAUCCUGCCCCACCUAUGGCUCUCUCAGUGACCAUCCAUUGCCAUUACAACUGCAUAACUGCAUUUUUCCCAGCAGCAAGAUGUCUAAGUGUUAUGAUAACCUUCAUUUUGGCAGUAAGUUGGGUUGCUUGUCUCUGUGUCCCUCUGUAAGGCUUCCCUCACUAGAUCGGUGACAAAGAGAUUAUUUGAUGAGUUCUGUGUCACAAAGUUUAUUCACUACAUCCUUUCUGGAUAAAUAAUUUGUGAACUGGAGAUGUUGUGAAGCAGCCAUCUUGGCUGUGGGAGCGUCUGUCAUGAGCCCCAAAGACUGGGUAAACUCGUGUCUGGGAACAAAUUAAUCCAUUUUACACUGAUUCCUAUGGAAGAAAAAUAGUUUUGGUUUUUUAACAUUUCAGAUUUUGAAUGGCAUUCAGGAAUGAAUUAAGUUCUAGAACUGGGGUUCUACUGUAAUUCAUUACCUUAAAUACACUACAUGGCUUGUCUCUAGGGACCAAACUCAUAGUACUUCUGUCAUGCUGGUUAUCAUGUCCUUAGGAGUAGUAUUCAUCAUAAUUACCAUCAUCAUCAUCUUUGUUAUUAUCCUCAUCAUCAUUUUGGAAAGGCUCCAUGUGUGUUUGCAUGUGUUGGCCUUGUUCACCUGGUGGUGGCUGGUCAGGUUGCAUGGUCUUUAGCUGCUUUUCUGCUUAGGCCUAGAUGAAUGAUAUCCUCUGGACUAUUUACCUAUAGGUGAAUUAAACCAGUGGUUUAAUGAUUUGGCCAGCAAACAUUGGCUGUCUCUGGAUGGUGAAUAUCAGAGAUAGGCAUUUUGAAAAGGGCAGCUGGAAGUGUAUUCCAGGUUCUUGGGAUUACAUGUUGAACCAAUUGUAUAACUUGUACUUGUACUUGUACUCGUACUUGUGUUUCUUAUUUAUCUGGUCCCAUUUCUGCUGAAGUGCUCUGCAGGACCCAUAUAUUUUAAUUCAUUAAAUUUUCAAUAUUGAUCACAACUUAUAUGCUAUGUUAAUUGCCAAUGUUUCCAUGUCAUAGCAGUCAGAGAACAGAAAUGUUUUUAGUUCUUUCUUAAAUUUGGAGUGAUCCUUCAUUUUUCUAAUGUCAGAAGGGAGCUUAUUGUACAAUCUUGGGGCUGCAGAACUGAAAGCACGUAAUCCAACGUCUGAAGAGUACUGUGGUUCAUGAAGUGUUAUUCCAGAAGUGGCUCGGUGAGUGUUAAUGCCUUCACCUGGCUGUAUUUCAUGUAAUAAUUUUCUCAAAUGUGGUGGACGAUCAGUAAUCAAAGCUUGAUGUGUCAAAACACAUGAAUUUCAUUACCACUUAUAAUCAUGUUACCAUCACCAAAAUAACGUAGAGUGUCCUUCUUCCCAACAAGCAUGAAUUCAGUCUUAUCAUCAUUUAAUUUCAGUUGCUUAUAAUACAUCCAAUCCUUGACUGAAUUAAUAACACUAUUGAUCUUAGCAUUUGUAUUUUCAAUAUCAGUGAUGGAAAAGUAGAACUGGGUGUCAUCAGCAAAUAACUUGAAUCCUACACCAUGUUGUUGUAGUAUCCUGGAUAAACUAAUCGUGUAUAUACAAAAUAAAAUAGGUCCCAGCACACUUCCUUGUGGAACUCCUCUUGUCAGAGCUUCAUUUGAAGAAAAACAAUUUCCAAUUUGCACACAGUAACUUCUGAUUUGUAAAUAACUCUCAAGAUACUUUAACACAUUGUCUACCACUCCAGUGUUCCUUAAAUCUUUUAUGAGCAAUUCAUGAACAACCAUAUCAAAUGCUGCACUAAGAUUUAGAAGAACCAAUAUAGCACAUUUACCCCCAUCCAUCAUUUCUAGUAAAUCAUUAACAACAGAACAAAUAGAAAAUAUUGGCUUAUUUGCAGACUGACUAUCAGGCAAGACAUGGACCUUCUCCGAGUGUUCUGUCAACUGCUCAGUAAUUGCAUACUCAAAUAACUUAGACAAAAAAGGGCAAAUUUGAUACUGGUCUAUAAGAGCUUACAUUUUGAUAGUCAAAUUUUCCCUUUAAGAAUGGUUUUAUAACAGCUCACUUUUCAGAAUCUGGAAAUUUACAUGAAGAAUUACUAGUAUUGACAAUUCUUGGCACUAUAUCCAUGAAACUAGGAAAAUGAUCUGCAUCCAUGAUAUCUAAUACAGGCAAUGGGUCACUGGCACAGUAUGUUUUCUUAGCUUUCUUGAAAAGUCGAGCAAGAUCAUCCUUCCUAAUGAUUCUAAAACACUGCAAUCUACAAUCCACCUCAACAUCAGCAACAGGCAUGGAAGGUGUGUACACAAAUUCUGAUACAAUAUUCAUAAUCUUAUUCAUAAUCUUGAAAAAAUUACAAAACUUAUCUGCUAAAUCUUUAUCACAGAAACCAUCAGGAAGCUUUCUUCUCAAAGUAGUAUCAGUAAGACUGUUGAAAAGUUGAUAUAAUUUGUUCAUAUCUGAUCCUGUCUCAAGAAUUUUAGUAUGAUAAUAGUUUCUUUUACUCUUAUUUAUCAAGUCAUUAUAGUGAUUUCUCAUAUCUUUAUAAUCCUCCCAGGCCACAACAGAUCCCUCAUUUCUCCAUUUACAUUCCUUGCAUUGUUUCUCUCUUUUCAGUGUCAAAAAUUUCACCAUUAAGCCAGGGAGAUCUAUCCUUGACAGUAAUGACCUUCUCUAGGAUUGGACACACAUUGUUAUAUUGUGUCUUAAUCAUCUGAUUAUAAAUGUAUAAGAACUCUUAUUGUGUUAGUUUACUGUUGAUCAAUAAUUUCAGUAGGCCUUAAGAUGUUUUUUUAAUAGUAGGAGGUUAAAGCAUGCCAUAUGGCUCAUGUCAUUAUUAAUAGCAGGGAAAGAUAUAGUACAAUAUUUCUGUGCCAUACUUGUGUGCUGCCUCUAUACUGCAACUAUGCAGUAAAAUAUAAUCUUGUAAUUUUAUACCUGAUAUUGUACAGGCUCUGAGUAACUAUUUGCAGCACAGGUGCUACAAAUGAUAAACCAUGUUCCACAUCAUACUUGGAAUCUUUUUGGAUGGUAGUCAGGGGCAAACCUUAGAUUUCAGAUCAUGGCAGGGUAAAUCACUUACUUUUGCCUGCCUACUGCCCUCACCCUGAGAAAGCCAAGGCCAGUCCUGUGGUGAUGAAAGUUCAGUGUACAUGUGAUUCAGUAUGAAAGAGUACAAAGAAAAUGAGGAAGAAAUUCCUGUUUGUUCUAUUCUGUUCUAUCUCUUUUCUAAAUAUUUGAUGCAUGUUCCUUCCUUCAAAUGGAUGGCCAUGGUAGAAUUACACAGGGCAGCAGCUGAGUGUCUCACAAAAGGAUGGCUGAACAAUAUAUUGGGAUAGUUGUAACCAUAACAAGCCAAGAUAACAGGGUUUUUUGCUGUAGUUAUGUUAAAAAGUUGUUGCUCAAUGGCUGGUUGAGCCUCAGUAUUCUGUACCACACAGCAAAGAAACUGUACUGUGAUGAGGAACUCCACUCACACUAUUCUUUCAUUUAUACUGUACUGUAACUCUGUACUUUGUGGGAUGCUCUUGCAUGGAAAGAGGCAUCAGAAUUCAGUAGGAGAAACAAUACACAUGGAUUUGUGAGACAUUAUAUGCAUCAUAAUUCAGUGGAUAAGUUAUAUCACAGCUACAUAAUAGUGCAGUCUAGAUAGAUUAUAAAUAAAAAAAGACAAGAAUAGCCCAGAUUGUCUACAAUGCAGGCAAACAUUGAAUUUGUGAGCAUAAGAAAAAUAUAAAGCAGUAGAUAUUAGCAUAGUGAUACCCUUAGAUGAGCAUUAUCCUUACAAAACAUUGGUUACAGUAUAACCAAAUAUCUUAAUACCCAUAGUGCAAUGAUAAAAUGUUGAUUACAUGAUGAGUGCAAAUGUGAAGUUGAUUAUGUAAUCAUAGUUCACUGUACAGAAAGCACAUUUCAAUUUUAUGUACACAAGCUAACCCAACACAUAAAAAGGCAGGAAAGUUAGUAAUGAUCCAUUCGCAGCUGAAAUGUGGCAUGAGGUAUUGAUUGCAAUGCUGAAUUAAUGUUUCAUAAAUUGUAGGUUUCUGUGAAAGUAAGUAAUUGGGAUAAUGAGCUGAAUGAUGAAAUGAUGAAAGAUUUUUAUCUGCUGAAUGAGAUUGAAUAAAUUUAGUACUUUACUAUGAUGGAUGAAAUAAAUGGCAUAAGAGAAAAGGGAAA